AUAGAAUUCAAUUCCAAUCUCUUCCAUACCUACCUAUCUAGGCACCAUCACUUUAUCUUGAGUGCACGCGAUAUUUCACACAAUUAAUCACCAUGGUCCACGCCGCUACUCCCCCCGAGGAUGUCACCAGGAACUCCUACAUCCAGACGCCGGUGUCGGCGCCUCGCCAUGACCCCUUCUCUCUCGAAGGCAGAGUCGUGAUCAUUACUGGCGGCGCAAGGGGUUUGGGUUUAGUCAUGGGACAGGGAGUUGUUCACGCUGGUGCUGAUUUGGCCAUUGUUGAUUUGAACUACGAAGAAGCCGAGCUGCAGACUCACCAACUGGCGGCAGGAUUCAAGAAGGAAAACCCAGGUUCUAGCAGAAUUCCCAAAAUAACUGCUCACCGCGCUGAUGUUUCGGACCCCGUGUCCGUUGAGGCUUGCAUUGCCGAAAUUUUGAGCCAACACGGAAAAAUCGACGGUCUAGUAACCUCUGCCGGCUUCACUGAGAACUUCGAUGCCGUCGACUACCCAGUCGACCGCAUGCGCAAGCUUUGGGGAGUCAACGUAGAUGGCACAUACAUGUUUGCGACCAGUGUCGCAAAGCACCUCAUGGAACGAAAGGCCUCCGGAAGCAUGGUAUUUAUUGGCAGCAUGUCUGGUGCCAUCGUCAAUGUUCCUCAGCCUCAAACUCCAUACAAUAUUUCCAAAGCAGCCGUUCGACAUCUUGCUGCUUCGUUGGCCGUCGAGUGGGCUCAUGCUGGUAUUCGAGUCAACUGCAUCUCUCCCGGUUACAUGUUGACUGCCCUGACUGAAAAGAUUUUGAACGAGAAGCCAGAUCUCAAGAAUACAUGGGUGUCCAAGAUCCCUCAGGGCAGAAUGGGCGUGCCUAAGGAACUCAUGGGCCCUGUCACCUUCUUGCUAUCUGAUGCAUCGUCAUACGUGACGGGCGCAGACAUCCGGGUUGAUGGCGGAUAUACCGUUAUUUGAAGUUGGCCAUCACAUGAAAGAAUAAUGACAGAGGAUAUUCUGGUUUUGAUAUGUAUGAAUAGCGGAGCGUUUUUAAUACUGCAAAACAUUUUACAAAUUAAACAGAGUUGCGACAGGCAAACCUCAUAAGCCUCAUCAGGUCACUGCCUAGACAACAUCCAUUGGCCAAGAGAAAACGCCAGACGACCACUUCUC